UUUAACACUAAUAUCAAAGUAAGAUUCUCUAUCCAACUCCCCUGUAAACCCUUUAAAUAUUCUAAACUUCUUACAAACUCUUACUAGUGGGGAACCUUCCACUUCCAUCUUCUAGGGGAACUUAAUCAAGUUCAAAAACUUUAAGCGAUCCAUCCAAAACUUGAAAGGUUUUGGGAGGGAUUUGAUAGUACUGUUAGUAUCUAUCAAUAUAGGACAAUUGUCUAAAACUCCCGACUCUAACAGGUUUACUACAUAGCGGGACAACUUUAUAACAAUUUUAGGUUGACAAACCCCCUAUCCAAUCGUCGAGCAAUGGGAUUACCCUCAUGCUUAUAUGUCCAAGUAAACCAUGGACCCGAAAUCUUAUGUUCAUCUACCUCCAAAUCCACUUACUAUUGUUGAAAGUCUAACAUACUUGCAUCCAACACUGGAUCACUGGAAGCUUCUUCAAAUGGAUAAGCAAACUCAUUGAAGUCCUCAGCAAUGGUCGAGGGCACACACUUUUGACAUUAAUUCUACAAAUUUCUUCUUACAACUUCUUUCGCUCAAUAUCAUAACUAGAAACAUACAUAAAGGUAACAAAGUAAGGAAUACUUUCGAACCUCUAUUAAGGAAAAAAAUUACUACCUGAACUCACCAUAACUUGGAGAAAUCGGUCUGAUCGAUGACAUCUCCGAAGACAAGUAUCCAACGAGAGAUAAAUAUUUUCUUGCUAACACACAUUGAAUUUCUCUACUUAUAACUUUUUGACUAUUCACAAAGGUUUGUUUACCGUUAGGAGAUCCAAUUUCAAUCGUUUUCCCGAAUUAGCUUGGUUCAACGUUUUGGUUCUGUGCUGUGCUGUAUUGAUAAGAAUUUUCUAAUCCAACAAUGCAUUAUUACUAAUCAACUUUACAGUCAAGACGUAUUAAUUCAAGUCUUGUUUCGGUGCAGGAACGAGGAAGGAAGAUUAUUUGAUCAUUUAACAACGGCCCACUAGUGCCCUAAAACCAUCACGUGCCCUGGCAGUACGCGUUGGCAGGCUCAUCGUCAUGGGCCAUAGGAAUGACAAUGCGGCAGGUUCGGGAUGAGUAUCUCGAUAUCAAUACUCGUUCCAUGACAGGUCGAAUUCAGAUCGGUGAUUUAUUAUGGAGCGCUGGUCGAGACAGGUCAACCCGAUGAAUAUGUAAUUUAUACUGUAAAAUAUUCGUUAUUUUUAUUAAAAAACCAAGAAAGAAACCCAUAAUAUAAUAAAAUGUAGUUAAUAUGAGGUAAUAAGAGUGAAAUUCUAAGUAAUUCGACAAAGAAAACAUGUAAUUUAGAUAGGAAUGGGUCGAAAAUGGGUCGAAAAUGGAUAGGUCAGGUCGAUAAGAGGUACACAUUCCCAUCUGCCCCAAAACGGGUCAAACAAGUCGGGUAAAACGGGUCAAAUCGAAAUUGUCAUCCCUAACAGGCCAUGAAAAAUGCACGUGGACGGCUCAGAUUCGGAGAAAGGUAUCCUCUGGAGUCCACAUUACCCCAAUCCGAUUGUGGCUUGCUUGCUUUUUCUUCCUUUAUAAUUAUACCUUUCUCCGCCUUUCCGCCCUGCUCCAUAUUUAUAAAGGCAAAUUGCUUCAGUUCUCAUCCAUCCCACAAAAUUAUACGCGAUUCUCGCAAUAUAUAUCUUUCCCCACUCGCACGGCAGUUCACCCGUAUAAAAACAUCCGCCGAAGAAGAAGAAGGAGAAGAAGAAGGAAGAAAUCGCAGAGAGAAGAAGAGCGGAAACCAGAGGGAAAAGAUGGGGAAAGACAAGACGAUCGGAGUGGCGAUGGACUUCUCAGGCAGCAGCAAGAACGCGCUGAAAUGGGCACUGGAUAACUUGGCGGAUAAGGGUGACACCAUCUACAUCAUCCAUGUCCAUUCCAACGAACUACCCGAGGGUAAAAAUGAACUCUGGGGCAAGGCAGGAUCUCCUUUGAUUCCGCUGUCGGAGUUUAGAGAGCCGGAGAUUAUGAAGGGGUACGACUUGAAGCCAGAUGCCGACGUCCUCGCUCUGCUCGACACUGUUACCAGGCAGAAAGAGAUCAAAGUCGUGACGAAGCUUUACUGGGGAGGAGACGCGAGGGACAGGAUCGUUGACGCGAUCGAAGGGUUGAAGCUGGACUCUGUUGUCAUGGGAAGCAGAGGGCUUGGAACUGUGAAGAGGAUAUUAAUGGGAAGCGUGAGCUCGUAUGUGAUGAACGCGGCUUCUUGCCCAGUCACCAUUGUCAAGGAUAAGCACUGAAAUCAGCAGCCAGCGAGAUGAGGAUGGAACGAUUUGGGUUUGGAAUUUGGAUCGCUGUUUGGAGGAUGGACUUUUAGAUGUGUUGUUUUAAUUUCAUGAAUCUUUUGAUUUGGACGGUUUGUUGUUUUCUAAUUUCUAGACUUGUUAUCAUCAAAUGGGUUGUUUUAAUUUCUGGGGAAGGAGGAGGAAGGAGAGGAACAUAGCACUAGCAGUGAUCAUUUCCACACCCCAAAUCUUCCUUCUUACUAUGUAAUAGAGAGCAAACCUAUGGGCCUUUAUUUUAUCAUCAUAGUUAUUAGAAUUAUAUAUAAUAAAGUAAAACACAAACGUCUUUGUAUUAUCGAGAAUCUCGACUAUUUUUUAUUGUAGACAGAUUACCAAACCCCACAAGUGUCCCAGCAGCCGCAGACUGUGCUAUGGGGGAGAGUCCCAAAUAUCAUUUAUGAAAUGUUUUUAACACUUAGUUAUAUUUCUUUCAAGUUUAAAUUAAAUUUUUUUUACGCAGCUAAAUCAAAUUAAUUGUGCUAUUUAAAAUGAUAACUACUUUGAUAUAUUUUCGAAAUAAAAAAUUCGAGACAUAUAGUGUGGAACAACACUUCAAGCCUCUCAUUUUAAAUUGUAUCAAGAAAAUAGUGAUAAUGUCAAAUGAGAAUAUAUUCGACAACUUUGA